CCACGAGCUGUCGCUGGUUUUCGAGGAACAGUACGAUAUGCAUCAAUCAAUGCUCAUAGAAACAGAGAAAUGGGCCGGCAUGAUGACCUCUGGUCCCUGUUCUACAUGUUGGUGGAAUUUGUGGCUGGGCAACUGCCUUGGAGAAAAAUAAAAGAUAAGGAGCAAGUGGGCUCCAUUAAAGAAAGAUAUGAGCACAGACUUAUGUUGAAACAUCUUCCUCAAGAAUUCAACAUCUUUCUGGAUCACGUUUCUAAUUUAGAUUACUUUACAAAGCCUGAUUACCAGCUUCUCAUGUCUGUGUUUGACAACAGCAUGAAAACGUUUGGGGUUAUUGAAAGUGACCCUUUUGACUGGGAGAAGAGUGGAACUGAUGGUUCUCUGACAACCACAACAACUUCAACCACACCUCAGUUACACACUCGUCUUACUCCGGCUGCAAUUGGAAUUGCCAAUGCCACUCCUAUCCCAGGAGAUUUGCUGCGAGAAAACACAGAUGAAGUGUUUCCUGAUGAGCAGCUCAGUGAUGGAGAGAAUGGUAUUCCAGUUGGUGUGUCACCAGAGAAACUACCUGGAUCCCCCGGGCAUCAUCGUCCUCAGGAAAAAGAUGUUUGGGAAGAAAUGGAUGAAAACAGAAACAAAAUAAAACUAGGGAUCUGUAAGGCUGCCACAGAGGAAGAAAACAGCCAUGGGCCAGUGAAUGGAAUGCUUAAUGCACCGAGUCUCGGUUCUCCAAUUCGUGUUCGCUCAGAGACCACCCAGCUAGACAGAGAUGUCCCACUGGUGCGAAAGUUACGUUCAAUUCACAGCUUUGAACUGGAGAAGCGUUUGACGUUGGAGUCAAAGCCAGACACUGAUAAAUUUCUUGAGACCUGUUUGGAGAAGAUGCAGAAAGACUUGAAUGCUGCAGCAGAGACUCCUGUUGCUGCUGUUCCUCCUCUUUCUCAGAAAACACCCAUUCAGACUGCCCGCAUGGACCAUGUUUGGCAUUAUGAUGAAGAAUAUCUUCCAGACGCUUCAAAGCCUGUGUCAGCUAGUUCUCCAGAACAUGUUGAUGGUGUUAUUAGCAAUGGAUUUGUAGCUGUCAACUUAAACUCCUGCAGGCAGGAGGUUGAUUCUAAGGAAUGGGUGAUAAUAGAUAAGGAACGGGACUUGCAGGACUUCAGGACAAAAGAGGUUUUAGGGCACAAAACGACUGGAAGUCCCUCAGAUGAAGAGCCGGAGGUACUACAGGUUCUAGAGGAGUCCCCUCCAGAAGAGCAGCCCAGACAGGGUGGUUGGGCAGGAAACAGUGUCCAUGCCAAGAACCAAACCUCAGGGGUGGAGUUUGUUCUAGCCAUGGAAUGUCAUCCUGCUGCUUCUGAACAGCUUACAGAUAAACUGGAACUUCUGUCCGGAGCUGCUGGACAGCUUCUUGCAGCCACCCCUACAAGUCCUAUGGAAGCUCAAGCAGAAGGAGCACUCACUCCG